GUAGAAAACCGGACGAUUUCACAUAGUCGUCGUGCUUUCUCUGUUCGUCGGCGAAGCUCACAAUCUACCCAGUCGCCAUUGUUCACGGCUUCUUUCCCGAAUUCUGAGCCUAAUCAAUAACCAAAUCGUGCUCAGCAUUCAGAGAGGAAAAAACAAUAUUUGGACGUUUCGUCUCAUUCUAUGAUUCUUUAUCCGGCUAAUUAGAUCUCCGAAUCCAAUCAAUUAAACCACGAAAGUGUCUGAGUGAAGUUGUUUAGCUGAAACCAAUUACAUCUUCAGAUUCGAUCGAUCAGAACCUUCAGAUUUUUGCCUUCGAUCAUCCAGUUAAGCCGCAUCGUGAUCCCAGACGACGUCGGAAUUGGUGUGCGGAUCGAUCUCUCACUCCCCGUGGGCCAUUGAUCAUGGAAAGGCCUGGACAAAAAGUUUUGUACGAGAUACGUCAUCAUGCUUCAUUGCCUUAUGUUCCUAGAUAUCCUCCUCUUCCUCAGGCAGAUGGAAAUGAUUCCACAGGAGGGCUUCGGUCCCUUGUCUCCAUUAGAGGUGUUAGUCAACUCAAGGAAAAGUGGAGUGAAUAUUGGCAUCCGAGAAAAAAUAAUAAACCGGUUUCAUUAUUUAUUUCACCAAGAGGAGAGUUUGUGGCUGUCACUUCGGGGAAUCACGUUACAAUCUUGCAGAAGAAUGAUGAUUACAGGAAACCUUGUGGUAGUUUUACAGCCAGCAUAUCAGGAUCAUUUACUUCUGGAAUUUGGUCCGAAAAUCAUGAUGUUCUUGGUCUUGUGGAUGAUAGCGAGACCCUCUUUUUCAUCAAAGCUAAUGGUGAAGAAAUAAGUCAAGUCACAAAAAGAAAUUUGAAGGUUUCUUCAUCAGUAUUAGGACUGAUGGAGGAUGACGAUGUUUUGCAGACAUCAUGCUUGUGUUCAUUCAGCGUACUGACAUCAGAUGGACUUGUUCAUCAUGUCGAGAUCAGUAAGGAACCAAGUGCUUCUGUCUUCUCCAAGCAUGCUUCAAAUGGCGUCCCAGCUUUGAAAAAGCAGUUCCCCAACCAUGUUUUUUGCUUUGAUUACCUUCCGAAUCUUUCUUUUCUUCUCAUUGUUGGUAGUGCUGCUGGCACAUCACCGACAGGGAGUUCUGGUUCAUCGUGUAUUUCACUUUGGCGUAAGUGUCAGAAUUCAGGUCUGGAACUGUUGUCCACCACGAAGUUUGAAGGCGUGUACUGUGAGAGAAAAGAUUCUCAGUUGGCAUAUCCAAAGGUUUUGAUCUCACCUCAAGGGUCACAUGCUGCGAGUCUUGAUAGCAAUGGGUGUCUGCAUCUCUUCCACUUGGACAAAGCAAGAUUCACACUUUCGUGUUGUACUUCUGAAGACAUUUCUGAUUCACUGAAGCCAGAUAAAUCACUAGAAAGUCUAAGAAUUGUUGUAGAUUUUACAUGGUGGUCUGAUCAUGCCCUUACAGUUUUAAAAAGGAGCGGUAAUGUUAGUAUAUUUGACAUCCGUAGAUGUGUUAUAGUUCAAGAAGAUGCCACCAUUUAUUCUAUGCCUGUGGUGGAAAGAGUUAGGAGGUUUGAAGGACACAUUUUUCUUUUAGAAAGUUCAACGCAGGAAGCAAAAUCAGCUCUGGCCAAGGUUGACAGGGAUCCAAGUGAAUCGCAUCAUACUAGUGAUCGUGGUAUGUUGUGGAGGCUAAUAUCUUUUACUGAGAAAACAAUUCCUGAAAUGUAUAAAAUCUUAGUUGAGAACUGCCAGUAUCAGGAGGCCUUGGAUUUUGCUGAUAGUAAUGGUUUGGACAGAGAUGAUGUUUUCAAGUCAAGAUGGCUGAACUCAGAAAAAGGGUUAAGUGAUGUGAGCAUGGUUCUAUCAAAGAUAAAAGAUAAAGCUUUUGUGCUCUCUGAAUGCUUAGAUAGAAUUGGGCCAACAGAAGAUUCCAUGAAGGCCUUACUUGGGCAUGGACUUCAUCUUACUAACCACUAUGUAUUUUCUGAAUCUGAAGAUCAAGAAUCCGAACAACUUUGGGAAUUUCGAAUGGCUAGGCUUCGUCUAUUACAGUUUAGUGAACGACUCGACACAUAUUUGGGGAUAAGCAUGGGCAGAUAUUCAGUGCAGGAUUAUAGAAAAUUUCGGAGCAGUCCUAUAAAUCAGGCUGCAACUGCACUUGCUGAGAGCGGGAGGAUAGGGGCCUUAAACCUGCUCUUUAAGCGACAUCCUUAUUCACUUGCUUCUUUCACGCUACAAAUUUUGGCAGCCAUUCCUGAAACAGUUCCCGUUGAAACGUAUGCACAUCUUCUUCCUGGAAAAUCUCCUCCGACCAGCAUGGCGGUGAGAGAAGAAGACUGGGUUGAAUGUGAGAAGAUGGUUAAAUUUAUUAAUAAAUUGUCUGAGAGUGGCAAGAAUGAUUCUCAGAUUAAAACUGAGCCAAUUGUCAGGAUGUGUUUGGGGUAUAACUGGCCAUCAUCAGAAGAACUUGCUUCAUGGUACAAGAAUAGAGCAAGAGAUAUUGAUUCUUCCACUGGGCUGCUAGAAAACUGCGUUUGCUUGAUAGAUAUUGCAUGUCGAAAAGGCAUAUCUGAGUUGGAACAGUUCCAUGAGGACCUAUCAUACUUGCACCAGAUAAUUUAUUCUGAUGAAUUUGGGGACGAAGUUUGCUUCAGCUUGAGCCUUGUUGGUUGGGAGCAAUUAUCUGAUUAUGACAAAUUUAAAACAAUGCUUGAAGGGGUUAAAGCGGAAACUGUGGUUAGUAGAUUGCAUGACAAGGCAAUUCCAUUUAUGCAGAGAAGGUAUUCGGAGACAAACAACCAUAAUGAGUCCUUUCUAGUUAAAUGGCUGAAGGAGAUGGCAGCAAAAAGUGAUAUGGAAUUAUGCUCAAAAGUGAUAGAGGAAGGGUGUAUGGAUUUAUAUACUGUUUGUUUUUUUAAGGAUGAGGUUGAAGUUGUUGAUUGUGCUCUGCAAUGCCUGUAUUUGUGCAAAGUUACGGAUAAGUGGAACAUCAUGGCAACAAUGCUAUCAAAGCUACCAAAGAUACAAGAUAUCCAUGGUGAAGACAUUCAGAAAAGACUCAAACUGGCGGAAGGUCAUAUAGAAGCAGGGAGGCUUUUGGAACUUUAUCAGGUCCCAAAACCAAUUAGUUAUAUUCUUGAGGUUCAUUUGGAUGAAAAAGGUGUAAAGCAGAUCCUUCGACUCAUGCUUUCAAAAUUUAUUCGUCGUCAACCUGGAAGAUCUGAUAAUGACUGGGCAUGCAUGUGGCGUGAUCUGCGACAGUUGCAAGAGAAAGCUUUUCCUUUUCUUGAUCUUGAGUUCGUGCUGACGGAGUUCUGUAGAGGACUUCUGAAGGCUGGGAAGUUUUCUCUGGCUAGAAAUUAUCUCAAGGGUACGGGCUCAGUUGCUCUCCCAUCAGAGAAGGCAGAGAGUCUUGUUAUUAAUGCGGCAAAGGAAUACUUCUUCUCUGCUCCGAGCCUUGCUUCUGAAGAAAUUUGGAAAGCAAGGGAGUGCCUGAAUAUAUUUUCUAAUAGCCGGACUGUUAAAGCUGAGGCCGAUAUCAUUGAUGCAGUUACUGUUAGGCUUCCAGAUCUUGGGGUUACUCUCUUACCAGUUCAGUUCAAACAAGUAAAAGACCCAAUGGAGAUUAUUAGGAUGGCCAUCACAGGGCAUCCUGGGGCUUAUCUACAUGUUGAAGAACUUAUUGAGGUUGCUAAACUUCUUGGGUUGAAUUCUUCAGAAGAUAUAUCAUCUGUUGAAGAAGCUAUUGCUAGAGAAGCUGCAGUUGCAGGCGACCUACAGCUGGCUUUUGAUCUAUGCCUUGUUCUAACCAAAAAGGGACAUGGUCCUAUUUGGGAUUUAGGUGCUGCGAUAGCAAGAGGUCCUGCACUUGAGCACAUGGAUGUAAGUUCUCGAAAGCAGUUGCUUGGCUUUGCGUUGGGUCACUGUGACGAUGAAUCGAUCAGUGAGUUAUUGCACGCAUGGAAAGAUCUUGACCUGCAAGGCCAAUGCGAGACUCUGGGAAUGUUAUCAGAGUCAGAUUCUCCAGAGUUUCGCAAGAUGGACGGUAUUUCUUGUCUGAGAGAUUUCCCUCAGAUGCUUGAUGGGCUAAGCUUUGAUCAACAGCUAGAUUUGAAUAAUAUCAAAGAUACACUUUCUGUUGUGGCUAAGGACUUGCCAGUUGAUAAUAGCAUGGACUUGGAAUCUCUUCUAAAGGAAAAUGGGAAGCUUCUCUCAUUUGCUGCUUCACAUCUUCCUUGGUUGCUUAAGCUGGGUAGAAAUAGGCAAUUAGAUAAAAGUCUGGUACUUGAUUCAAUUCCUGGAAAGCAGUUUUUCAGCACAAAAGCAACUGCUCUUGUUACCAUUCUUUCUUGGCUGGCAAGGAAUGGUUUUGCACCAAAAGAUGAACUGAUAGCCAUGAUUACAGACUCGAUCAUUGAACAACCGGUAACAAAAGAGGAAGACAUUAUAGGAUGCUCCUUUCUGUUGAAUCUAGUAGAAGCAUCUAAUGCAGUAGAAGUUAUAGAAAAGCAGUUGAGAAUAAGAGGGAAUUACCAAGAAAUUCGAAGUAUCAUGAGUCUAGGGAUGAUAUAUAGUUUGUUACAUGACUCUGGAGUAGAGUGCACGGCUCCUAACCAGAGGAGGGAGCUGCUACGGAGGAAUUUUGAGAGAAAGCAGAUAGAAAGUCUCUCUGAUGAUAUGAGUAGGAUCGACAAACUUCAAUCAACUUUUUGGAAGGAAUGGAAACAUAAAUUAGAGGAAAAAAUGCAUGUAGCUGACCGUUCUAGAAUGCUGGAAAGAAUCAUUCCCGGGGUUGAAACUGAAAGGUUUUUGUCCCAUGAUAUUGACUACAUUAAGGUUGCUGUUUUCUCACUCAUUGAAUCUGUGAAAUCGGAGAAGAAGCUGAUUUUGAAGGAUGUAUUAAAAUUAGCUGAUACAUAUGGCUUGAAGCAGUCAGAGGUGAUAUUAAGGUAUUUAAGUUCUAUCCUUUGCUCUGAGGUUUGGACAAAUGAGGAUAUCACGGCUGAAAUAUUACAAGUCAAGGAAGAAAUACUUGCCUUUGCUUCAGACACCAUACAAAUCAUAAGCACAAUCGUGUACCCAGCGGUUAGUGGUCUCAACAAACAACGCCUUGCCUACAUAUACAGCCUCCUUUCUGAGUGUUAUUGCCGUUUGGAAGCAAGCAAGGAAGAAUCAUCGUUGGUGCAACAGGUUCAACCGCAUGGUUCUUUCGUCGGGUUAUCAAAUUUGUAUAAUAUUCUUAAGCAAGAAUGCAGAAGAGUGUCGUUCAUCACAGACUUGGAUUUCAAAAAUAUCGCCGAAUUGGGAGGUUUAAACUUUGACAGCUUCAACAAUGAAGUCCUUGCGCACAUCAAUGAGAUGAACCUGGAAGCUUUGGCCAAAAUGGUAGAAACUCUCACUGGCUUCGUCAUGGAGAGUUCACCCAAGGGUCUCGUUUCCUGCCAAAAUGUCUACAAACAGUACAUUACGAAUUUGUUAGAUACAUUGGAAAGUAGAAGAGAUCUUGAUUCUGGAAGUGCAGAGAGUUUCCAGGGAUUCCUCAGUCAACUCGAGCAGACCUAUGAACACUCUAGAGUAUAUAUCAGGAUCUUAGAACCUUUACAGGCUCUGGAAAUCCUGAAACGGCAUUUGACGGUAGUUCUACCGCCAAAUGGUUCCGACGUGCACAUCCCUGAUAGUUCGACAUGGCAAGAAUGCCUUAUCUUACUGAUUAACUUUUGGAUAAGAUUAGCCGAUGAGAUGCAGGAAGUAAAAUCAUGUAGUCCAAGUUUUGAGGAGAAUCUUACCUUAAGCCCUGAAUGCAUUAACAGCUGUCUUACUGUUCUCAUAAGACUAGUAAUGGACGACAGUCUCUCCCCAAGUCAGGCAUGGGCUGCAAUACUUGUAUACCUUAGGUCUGGCGUGGUUGGUGAUUGUGCCACUGAAAUCUUCAGUUUCUGCAGAGCCGUAGUCUUCUCGGGUUGCGGAUUUGGGCCGAUCUGUGAUGUCUUCUCAGAUUUAUCCUCUCGGUAUCCAACAGCUUUGCAGGAUCUUCCGCAUCUUUAUUUGAGCUUACUUGAACCUAUUUUGCAGGAUUUGGUAUCUGGGGCUCAUGAAACACAGAAUCUUUACCGAUUACUAUCUUCUCUCAGUAACUUGGAAGGGAAUUUGGAAGAACUGAAGCGUGUUAGGCUUGUAGUGUGGAAAAAACUCGUAGUAUUUUCUGAGAACCUGGAGUUGCCAAGUCAGGUUCGUGUCUACUCCUUAGAGCUUAUGCAGUUCAUCUCGGGUAAAAAUAUCAAAGGCUCGUCGUCUGAGCUACAAUCAAACGUGAUGCCAUGGGACGGUUCAGCUGAGUUACUAUCAUCUAUGCAUAAGAGUGAAGCCACACUUAACCAAGCAUUGCCUGACCAGGAUGAUGGCUCUAGCAGGCUCACAAACACUCUGGUUGCACUUAAAUCAUCUCAGAUCGCUGCAGCGUCCAUCUCUCCAGGAUUAGAGAUAUCCCCUGAGGAUCUAUCGAGUGUUGAGACAUCUGUUACCUGCUUUUCUAAACUCUCUGCUGCGGUUACUACAGCUUCACAAGCUGAAGCUCUUCUGGCGAUUUUAGAAGGAUGGGAAGAGCUAUUUGAAGCUAAGAAAGCCGAACUAUUGCCAUCUAACGAGGCAACUGACCAAGGAAAUGACUGGGGCAAUGAUGAUUGGAAUGAUGGAUGGGAGACACUUCAGGAAUCAGAACCUGUGGAGAAAGAAAAAAAGGAAUACGUAGUCUCAGCUCAUCCCUUACAUUCGUGCUGGCUGGAUAUAUUCAGAAAGUACAUUUCAUUAAGCAUGGCUGAAAAUGUUCUACGACUUAUAGAUGAAUCCCUUCAGAAACCGGAAGAGGUCCUGCUUGAAGAAAAUGAAGCAGAAAGCCUGACCGGGAUCGUGGCCAGGACCGACCCAUUUCUCGCACUAAAGAUUUCUCUUUUAUUGCCCUACGACCAGAUCAGGUCUCAGUGUCUCAACGUUGUUGAGGAACAACUGAAGCAAGAAGGCAUUCCGGAAUUAUCGAGUCAGAGCCAUCAUGAAGUUCUACUUCUGGUUCUAUAUUCUGGGACUCUCUCAACGAUCAAUUCCAAUUCUUGCUACGGCACAGUCUUCUCUUUCCUCUGUUAUCAAAUUGGAAAGCUAUCCCGGGAGUUCCAAGAAAAGCGGGUAACACAGGCCGACAACAGAGAAUCGAAAACAAGUUCCGAGAGACGGUUUCUGUCAUGUUUUGGGGAACUCAUGUUCCCGUGUUUUGUCUUAGAGCUUGUGAAGGCCGAUCAACAGAUAUUAGCCGGGUUUCUGGUGACCAAGUUCAUGCACAGUAACCCAUCUCUGAGUCUGAUUAAUGUUGCAGAGGCAAGUCUAAGGAGAUACCUGGAGAAGCAACUUGAGUCUUUAGAGGAUUCGUCUGGUGAGACCACAGAACUUGAAACGCUGAAGAAUACAGUGUCAAGCCUAAGGGGCAAUUCAAAGGAAGUUAUACGAUCUGCCUUAGCAUCUCUUUCUAGUUGUACAAACAGCAGAUGA